GCGCAAAAGACUCUGAAACAUAACCUGUACAUUUCACCAUACUUUUUAAAGUUUUAAUCAAAUCCAAUUGUUUGAAUUGUGGAUUGACCUCUGAAAGCAGUGAUAACGUAUAUCAGAUAAUUAUUUGUUAAAAAAUAAGUGCGUUUUGCGGUUUUCGUGGUGGUUUUAGAUCGACAAACAUUUUUGUUAUUCUGGCAACUGCUACGUGACGGGCAAGUUGUAAGUCAUGGCUGCCAACCCUUUUGACAAAUAUUUGAAAACUUUAACAGUAGGGUCUAAGGAGUACAAGUAUUAUGAUUUAUCGGAACUGGGGGCCCAAUAUGACCGGCUGCCCUAUUCUAUCAGAGUCUUGCUGGAGUCAGCGGUCAGAAACUGUGACAAUUUCCAAGUUAAAGAAAACGAUGUUCAAAAUAUCCUAAACUGGGAACAGAAUCAGUCGGUGGAAGGUGGCAUUGAGAUACCAUUCAAACCUGCAAGGGUCAUUCUGCAGGACUUUACGGGUGUCCCUGCAGUGGUCGACUUUGCCGCAAUGCGAGACGCUGUUAAAGGUUUGGGCGGAAAUCCGGAAAAAAUUAAUCCAAGUUGUCCUGCAGACCUCGUUAUUGAUCAUUCUGUUCAAGUUGAUUUUGCAAGAUCGCCAAGUGCGUUAAAGAAGAAUGAAGAUUUGGAAUUUGAGCGAAAUCAGGAAAGAUUCACUUUUCUGAAAUGGGGGGCUAAAGCGUUCAAUAACAUGUUGAUUGUGCCACCAGGGAGUGGAAUUGUGCACCAAGUCAACUUGGAGUACUUGGCAAGGGUUGUUUUCACCGGGAAAGACAAGCCCAUUUUGUACCCAGAUACAGUGGUCGGAACUGACUCGCACACGACUAUGAUCAACGGAUUAGGUGUUCUGGGUUGGGGUGUUGGUGGUAUUGAAGCUGAGGCUGUUAUGUUAGGCCAAUCCAUCAGUAUGUUACUCCCAAAGGUGGUUGGUUACAGAUUGCACGGUACUUUAGGACAAUAUGUGACCUCCACUGAUUUAGUUCUCACGAUAACGAAAAAUUUGAGACAAUUGGGAGUUGUUGGAAAGUUUGUCGAGUUUUACGGUCCAGGAGUGGCAGCACUGUCGAUCGCAGACCGUGCCACAAUCGCAAAUAUGUGUCCCGAAUAUGGGGCUACUGUUGGAUAUUUCCCCGUUGAUGAGCAUUCUCUGACUUAUUUGAGACAAACUAGUCGCCCAGAUGAACAGAUUAAAUUGAUUGAGGCGUAUUUGAAAGCUACGAAGCAAUUGAGAAAUUAUGCGAAUGAAAUGAGUGAACCGAUUUUCAGCCAGAGCGUGAGUUUGGACUUAUCAACUGUUGUCUCGUCUGUUAGCGGACCGAAACGGCCCAACGACAGAGUCUCUGUUUCAGAUAUGAAGAACGAUUUCAGAUUGUGUUUAAGCAAUAAGAUCGGUUUCAAGGGCUUCGGCAUCCCCGAAGCCAAACUCAACACCGAAGCCAAAUUCAUGUACAACGGCUCGCAAUACACGAUCCGCCACGGCAGCGUAAUAAUCGCAGCAAUAACCUCGUGCACAAACACAAGCAAUCCCAGCGUGAUGCUGGGGGCCGGCCUCUUGGCCAAGAACGCGGUGGCUGCCGGCCUCACCGUCGCCCCUUACAUCAAAACGAGCCUUUCCCCCGGCUCGGGGGUCGUCACUUACUACCUCCAGGAGUCCAAAGUCAUCGACGCCCUAACCCAGCUCGGGUUCGACAUCGUGGGCUACGGCUGCAUGACCUGCAUUGGCAACAGCGGCGGCAUUGACGAAAACAUUGUCAAUGCAAUCGAGCAAAACGAUUUAGUUUGUUGUGGCGUACUUUCCGGGAAUAGAAAUUUCGAAGGGCGGAUUCACCCAAACACGCGGGCUAAUUACUUAGCGAGUCCGCUCCUAGUCAUAGCCUAUGCCAUUGCGGGCACGGUGGACAUAGACUUUGAGAAGGAGCCUUUGGGGAAACGGCCGGACGGGUCUCCGGUCUUUUUGCGCGAAAUUUGGCCGAUGAGGAAGGAAAUUCAUGCAGUGGAGCAACAAUAUGUGAUCCCGGCAAUGUUCCAGCAGGUGUAUUCGCGAAUUCAGUUGGGUUCGUCAAGUUGGCAAUCGUUGAAUGCACCUUCUGGGAUUUUGUACCCCUGGUCUGACAGUUCCACCUACAUUAAAAAACCGCCGUUUUUCGACGGGAUGACGAAGCAGUUGCCCCCAAUGCAGCCCAUUUCGGGGGCCAGGGUUUUGCUCUAUUUGGGGGAUUCGGUCACCACUGACCACAUUAGCCCUGCCGGCUCCAUUGGACGGAACAGUCCAGCUGCGCGGUAUUUGGCCCAGAAUGGGUUAACUCCGCGCGAAUUUAAUUCUUAUGGGUCGCGAAGGGGCAACGAUGCUAUUAUGGCAAGGGGCACUUUCGCUAAUAUACGACUGGUUAACAAGUUUAUGAGUAAUGCAGGCCCGAAGACUGUGUAUUUGCCCACAAAUGAGGAGAUGGAUGUUUUUGAUUGUGCCGAGAGGUACAAGAGUGCCAAGACCCCGCUGAUUAUAUUAGCUGGAAAGGAUUACGGGUCCGGCUCCAGCAGGGAUUGGGCGGCCAAGGGACCCUACUUGUUGGGAGUGCGUGCCGUAAUUGCUGAGUCAUUCGAACGAAUUCAUCGCUCGAAUUUGGUGGGUAUGGGGAUUAUUCCUCUCCAAUUCUUGCCGAACGAAACGGCCGAAAGUCUCGGCCUAACAGGAAAGGAAAUUUACAAUAUCGAAAUCCCGGCCGAUUUAAAACCGGGACAAAACAUUAAAAUUUCCACAGAUACGGGCAAAACGUUCAAUGUCGUUUUGCGAUUCGAUACUGAGGUUGACUUAUUGUUCUACAAACACGGCGGUAUCUUGAAUUACAUGAUCAGGAAAAUCGUAGCGUAAUCAAAAGGGUUUUGGUAAACAUUUUUCAAUGGAUUGGAAGUUAUAUUUUAUUACUUAAUCUAGUACAAAAUAUUGUUGGAAGUAAGCUCAGUUUUAUUGUUGAGGGUUUAUAUUUUUGUGUGGGCUUCUUUACUUAGUUGUUAUAUAUUUUUAACAAUGUUACACUUUUAUAUAAAUUGAUGAUAAUAAUAAACCAUCACUUUUACAACAA